AUGCUCGCUGCUUCCCUUCCCGUCGCUCACCUUUCCCCUUCUCGACGCCCACGUUUCCCCUGCCCGUCGCCUAAGUUUCCGCUGCCCGUCGCACGAGCUUACCCUGCCCGCCCCUCGAUUUUUCCCUACUCAUCGCCCCGUCGCCCUCGCUUCCCCUCGUCGCCAUCGCUUCCCUUGCUCGCUGUCCUCCACUCUCCCCUUUUCAUCGCCCUGCCCGUCGCCCUCGCUCCCCCCCCAGGCCCCCGCACCCCCUGCCUGUCGCCUCGCUUCUCCUUGUCGCCCUCCCCUUUCUUGCCCCUUCUACUUACUCCCUUCAAUCCCUCCUCUGACCGCCUUCCUUCUCCCCUGCUUCCCCCCAUCCUCUGCCCUGCUUCCCCGCACCCUUUGCCCAACUUCCCCCAAUCUUUGCCCUGCUUCCCCCCGCCCUCCACCCUGCUCCCCCCCAUCCUCUGCCCUUCCUCCCGUCUCGGCCCUGCUCCCCCCCACCCUCUGCCCUGCUUCCACCCAUCCUCUGCCCUGCUCCCACCACCCCUGCCCUCGACUCCUUUCCCCAUCGCCCCCACUUCACCUUAUAUUGCCCUCGCUUGCCCUCCUGCCGCCCGCCUUGCUCCCCCUUCUUUACCUCUCGCCCUCAUCACAGCAUCUCACGCCCGCAGUGGAACGGCAUGCGCCUGCUCCCUUCCCACCCCCCUCCUUUCAUUCCUUCCUGCCCUCCCUCUCUCAUUCCUUUCUGCCCUCCCUCUCUCUUUCCUUCCUGCCCUCCCACCCUCCCAGUCUCAUUCCUUCCUCCCUUCCCUCUCUUAUUCCGUCCUGCCCGCCCUGUCUCUUUUUUUCUCGCUCUCCCUCUCUCAUUCCUUCCCGCCCUGA